CUGUUCCGAGACGCACGAAACCAGCUGAUUCCGCGUUGGGGCGGACGGCUCGUUUCGCCCCCCCGCCCCCACGCCGCAUUUUCCUCUUCUUCUCGAUCCGGUGCGCCCCCCUUCCUGCCUCGCGCGCGAGCUUCUCCCGCUGCUACUUCCCCGCGCAACGCGAGUCACUGCCAAAUUUUGGCGCGUUCAGCGAAUGCUCUCGCCGCCAAAAUCCAGCGCCGAGGGCCACCUCCCGCCCGCCCUUCCUCCAUGUAUGACCCAUUGUUUAGGGUUCGUCGAUCCAUCCCCGAUCAGUCAAAUCCACCCCCCAAUCUCACACCCUUGAGGAAGAAAUCGGCUCCAGGCUGUGCGCAAGAAUGAAUCGUCCUGAAUCGAAGAAGCGCCAGCCGAAAUCCCAUCAGGCCGCCGGUGAAUCGGCCGCCGUUGCUUCAAUCGGCGGCGGCGCUCCAGUUGAUGGUACUUUUCACGUCUGUGGUGCUGCAUCUGUCAGUCCAAUCGCCGGUGGUGCUCCACGAGCAAGUGGUUCUCUGGAAGCUGGUGGUUCUCCAGGAGCUGAUGGGAUUCCAAACUCUCGUGCUCCAGGCACUGGUGGGUUUCCUGCCUUUGGUACACAUGCGGCCAGUCCAUGGUGGCCACCGUCCUUUGCAGUUCAACCACCUCCAAACAACUCUGAAUGGGUGUAUUCACAAGGUGGUUUCAUGAAUAUGCUACAGAGCCCUAUGGUUCCAGGCAUGAACUAUCCUAAUGGAAGUCAGCAGCCACAAAAUUACCAUUUAGUUGGUGGAAUAAUGAGCCAUUCCACAACCUCACCAACAUCUGCAUGUUCUAAAGAGACCCCAUCACCAACUGGGAGCUCUGCUGAUGCUGCUGCACAAAUGGGAUCACAGGACAAAGAAACAAUUGAUGUUGAGGACAACGACACUAUCCAGCCUGCUAGAUCUAAUGUUAGAUCAAAUGCUAGAUCCAAUGCUAGGUCCAUUGCUACAUCCAUUGCAAGGUCAGAUAGGAGAUUGAAUUGGUCCAAUGAAGAAGACAUUAGAUUGGUUAGUGCUUGGCUGCACUGUUCAAUUGAUCCAGUUGAUGGAAAUGAUAGGAAGGCUGAUCAGUAUUGGUCAGAUGUCACUUCUACUUACAGCAGCACCACAAAGUGUGACUGUAUGAGAAACCGUAACCAAAUGAAGCUACGUUGAGAGUGGAUUAAGAAACCUGUCACUGAAUUCAAUGGCUGCUACACAAGAAUCACUAAAGUGCAUCAGAGUGGCAUGAGUGAUGAUCAAAAGAUGGAUCUAUCACUGCAGCUGUAUGCCUCUGAACACAGUGACAAGCCUUUCACAAUGGUCCAUGUCUGGAGGAUAUUACGACAUGAGAAGAAGUGGUCUGCAUAUGUGAAGAAACUAAGCAAUGAAAAGGAUAAGAGUGCAACUCCAAACCCAGCUCAGGUUGUGAAUGUUGAAGUUGAUCCAAAACAGCAUCCUGUUGGGCAUAAGAAGGCCAAACAAGAACGCAAUGGAAAACGUCCUGCACCUGAAGCUAUUUCUGCUAUUGAUCAGAAACUUGACAAGUUCAUUGAAGUAUGCAAUAAGGCUGAGAAGAUGGCCGAGGUGCAAGAAGGUUUGGCAAACAAGAAGCUAGAAGCAGCCCAGCUCAAUCACAAAACAGCCCAGGAACAAACAAAGUGUAAAAUGCUAGACCUUUACAAAGAAUUACUCAGUGCUCCCACAAAUGAUCUUAGUGAAGAAGCUUUAGCUGAAAGAUCCAAAGCAAUAGAGUCUAUGAGAUUGGCUCUGUUUUCUAAAGACAACUGAGAUGAUUCGGUUAGCAGUCAUGCCAUUUUGUUGUUGCUGUGCUCUGGAUGAACAGAUGGCACAUUGCUGAUCGCUGGAUCACCUGCUACCAAAACUAGUAUCUAAAGUUUAUUAUGUUUUGUCUGGUCAUGGGACUUGAGAGACUACCUUAAUUACUAUGUACUCGCAUGGCAGUGCUAUUUAUCACCUGCUGUAAUGCUUGUGAACCUAUUUUCCUAUGUUUGUUCCAAAUGGAAGGUCAUAUUUAUGUUA